AUGGAGAGUGCAGGGGCCAGAGAAGGUGCUGCAGGAGAGGAAGUGAUGGGGCUGUAGGGAUGCAGCAGGCUGAGAGAGGGGAACGUGGGGCCAGAGUCAGGGGUUCCCUCUUAGUUAUUACUGGUAAAUGGGCUGCAGAGCAACUGAGUGCCCACUCCCAAGCCUCCACCCUGCUUCCUAUAGCACAGUGCCCCCAUGUUGAGGCAUUGGGGUCUGCACCGAGUCAGUUCCCAACCCCCUUCUGGACCCCUCUUCUACUGUGGAGAACAUCCUCCCUGUCCCAGGUCUCUGACAUGGGGUGUUUUCCUUCCUGGGGCUGGCCAGAGCCCUUCCUGUCCCAGCGUUACCCAUGUGCAUGUCUCCUCUCGCCCCUGAUUAACUCUGAGAAGGAAUAUUAUCUCCCAGGAUAGAAAUAAACCUUGCCGAGGGUGGGGAUGGGGAUGGGGAUGGGGGGAGAAAGAACUGAAAUGCUGUAUUCCACGUGCCUUCCCAAAUCCAUCAGGAAAACAGGAUUCAGACCAGAGCACCAGACAGUUCAGUGCACCCUCCUUGCUUGAUUGUCCCCAUCAGGCUCCACAGCUAGGGGAGGGGAACGGUCUGUUUUCUUGGCACCCUGUCUUCAUGUCUAUAGCGUUCUGCCUCUGCCUACCCGAAGCCAUCCUGCUCUUCUCGUCAGAGAACUCACCCUUCUGCCUCUGCUCCCGCCAGGUGAAAGUGUGGCUGCACUGGACCGCGCAGACGCUAGUGGUCGUGUCUGCCACACUGGGCCUGGCCUUCAUCGUCUCCAGCAAGAAUCGGAGCGAGCUCCCGCACUUGGUUUCCUGGCACAGCCUCCUAGGUGUCCUGACUCUGGCUGCCACCUGCGGGCAGGCUCUGUGUGGGCUUAGCCUGCGCUUCCCCCAGCUGCUGAGGAUCUCCUCUGUGGCACGGCUGAGACUGUACCAUGUCACAUGUGGCCUGGUUGUGUGUCUGCUGGCCACCUUCACUGUAGUCCUCGGGCUUUGCUCUGACUGGUUCCAGGCACAGAUCAAAGGAAUAGCUUGGUAUUUUUGCCUGGCACUGCCCUUCUACCCUGCCCUGGUGAUCAUGAACCAGACCACGGGCGUUCAUUUACCAAAGAAAAGGGUGCGUGUCUGAACUCCAGUCUCCCCUUCUCCUUGCGCCUCUUCCCACCCCUGGGUCUGAGCUCUGGCCUGCCCAUCCCCCUCUCUUCUCCCC